CAACGCCUUGACAAGAAAGGAGUCAAAUGUCGUCGGUACAUAUGGCUAUAUCCCUCCAGAGUAUAUGAUGUGUCAUGAAAUCAGUGAAAAAGUUGAUGUGUACUCACUAAGUGUUGUUUUGUUGGAAGUAUUAUGCGGUAGAAGGGUAAUUGAUCGCAUAGCAGCAGAAGGGGAUUUGAUUUCUGGGAUCAUUAAAAUGCAUAAAAAACGGCUGUGUUAAUGAUAUGAUUGAUCCAUUUCUGAAAGAGAAGAUAGCACCGGUGUGUUUGAUAGAGUUCAUGGAGAUCGCUCUCAGUUGUAUUCAUCCAGAUCCAAACGAACGGCCUUCGAUGGGAGAAGUUGAGGUAACCUUAGAACUUGCAUUGAAGUUGCAGGAGAAAGCCGACUUGGUUAUCAAGGCUGACAAUCCACAUGCUGGUUACGCCAUCGAAGAUGUAUCAUUUCGUGUUUCUCAAGUUUACAAUGAAGAAAUACAUGUGGAGCAGCCUGAUGGAUUUGUUAAAGCUAGUACUGAAAACAAAGUCUAUUUGCUCAAAAAGGCUUUGUAUGGACUUAAGCAGGCUCCUAGAGCUUGGUACAGCAGAAUAGAUGAAUAUUUGCUGAAAUUGGGUUUUGUAAAAAGUCUCACUGAAGUCACUCUUUAUGUCAAAGAAGAGGGAAUUGAUUUAUUGAUUGUUACAAUUUAUGUGGAUGAUUUUCUCAUCACUGGAAGCAAUGAGAAGUUGAUCCAGCAGUUCAAAAAGAAAUAUGCUAAUGAGAUUCUGAAUCAGUUUGCAAUGGCCAAUUGCAAAACAGUUAGCACACCUAUGGUUCCUUGUGAGAAGCUAAGAAGUGAUGAUGGUGCAGCUAAAAUUGAUGCAGGAGUUUACCGGAGUUUAAUUGGGAGAUUGUUAUAUUUAUCAGCAACUAGACCUCAUAUAAUGCAUUCAGUGAGCCUUUUGUCUAGGUUUAUGCAUUCUCCUAGUGAAAUACACUUCAAGGCAGCCAAGAGGAUUCUGAGGUAUGUGAAGGGAACAACUGAUUUUGGUGUUCUCUAUAAAUGUUCAACGAAUGUGAAGCUAAUUGGAUUUACAGAUGGUGAUUGGGCUGGUUCAGAGGAAGACAUGAAGAGCACCUCAGGACAGUGUUUCUCUAUUGGUUCAAGGGUGAUUAGCUGGAGUUCUAAGAAGCAAGACUCGAUUGCCAAGUCAACAGCAGAAGCUGAGUACAUUGCUGUUUCUCUUGCUGCAGAUCAAGCUGUGUGGUUCAGGAAACUGAUGAAUGAUUUAAAACAACCUCAGAUGCAUCCUACUGAGUUGUUUUGUGAUAAUUUAUUUGCUGUUGCAAUUGUUAAGAAUCCUAUUCUUCAUGGAUUGCAUAAGUGUAGAUUUGAGACACUAAGAGACAAGCUCGGGAUGAGCAGCAUUAGUGUCGAGGAGGAGUGAAAACAGCAAUGCAAGGAAUGGAUGCUAACAGUGACACAAAUGCUGUCACGUUAUUUACAGUUUGUAGCAGUUACUUGUUUGUUUUAUUUGAUCAGUUUGUUCUUUAUGAAUGCAGUGCAGUUAACUUUCAGUUUUUAUCAGUUUAUUUUCUUUGUAAAAAGCAGAUUUGGUUAAUGAAAUUUUAGUUCUGCA